UUUUCAUUUGUAGAUGUGCAAUAUUUCUGUAUAGCAUAGUUAUUUUAUAUUUAGUGUUGUGUUCGUGGUAGAGUAGUAGUAUAAAUUCAAUAAAAAACAUGGGAGGCAAUUUAUAUUUGCAUUUCCCUCUCGUUAUCUGUGUUUGUCUGUAUGGAUAUCAAUAUGCAACGGCAUCAAUGAAAGUACAAAAUUUGGGAGGUAACGCUUGGACUGCAGUUGGAACUUCACCACCCAGCGGUGGUAUUAUUGGUGUACAUAAAACUACUGUACCUGGAUGCAUACAUACCGAUUGGAAUGACAAUCGUCCACCAACUAAAGAAAAUAAUCUAUACUACCGCUUUAAUGAUGAACAAUUAAGAAAUAUUGCAGAAUAUAAUUGGGAGUAUUCAAGAAAUUUUGAAACCAAUAUAGAUUUAUUGAACCGCAAGUCACAAUGGCUCAUUUGUGAAGGUUUGGACACAGCAGCACAUGUCGUUCUAAAUGGAAAAGUACUUGGUAACACCACCAAUAUGUUUCUUCGAUAUAAAUUCAAUGUUACUGGUCUUCUUCAAGAAAAAUUCAACCGAAUUAUCACUUCUUUUGAAUCCGCUGUGCGUGUUGUUAAUGCAACCAGAAAAACUCUUCCAUAUUCUAUUCCACCAGAAUGUCCUCCUGAUGUACAACAUGGAUUCUGUCAUCCUAACUUAAUAAGAAAGGAGCAAUGUUCUUUCUCUUGGGAUUGGGGACCUGGAUUUGCAACUCAAGGAAUUUGGAAACCAAUUUUUCUUGUUGCUUUCGAUGAAGCUGUAUUGUCAGAUGUUGCAUUAUAUUAUGAUUGGGACGCUGAAUUACUUCAUGUCGAUGCAAAAUUCAAUGUUGCCACAAAAGAUGUAGAGUACAAAGGAAUGCUGUGGAUUUUCACUGAUGAAUUGAGCAUUAAAACUUCUUAUCAAACAACUGUGAAAUCAUCUCAUCCAAUAUUUUCUGUCACUAAAAAGAUAUCUAAAAAUUCUGUAAAAUACUGGUGGCCAGCUGGACAAGGCGAUCAAAAGUUAUACAAUAUCACUGUUAAAUUUGAAAGCACCGGGAGCAAAGACAUUAGUAACAAGACAGUAUGGUUUGGAUUCAGAAAAGUUGAGCUUGUUCAAGAAUCCAUCAAUAACUCAGAUGGUUUAAGUUUUUACUUCAAAAUAAACGAUAGACCAAUAUUUGCAAAAGGAUCUAACUGGAUUCCUUCAGAUUCAUUUCAUAAUCGUGUGACAUUAGACAACUACACAAAUUUACUGCAAUCAGCAAAAGAUGCAAACAUGAAUAUGUUGAGAGUAUGGGGAGGCGGGAUUUAUGAAACAGAUGAUUUUUAUCAUAUCGCUGAUAAAAUGGGAAUCAUGAUAUGGCAGGACUUUAUGUUUGCGUGUGCAAUGUAUCCUGCAGAUGCCGGAUUCCUGGCCUCUGUAUCUGAGGAAGUAAAUGAAACAAUUUGGCGUCUCAAAUCCCAUCCGUCUAUUGUAAUAUGGGCCGGAAAUAAUGAAAACGAAGCAGCAUUAGGAACUAAUUGGUACAACACAACUGAACAUUUUUCUCGUUAUAAAAAGGACUAUGUAGCACUGUAUGUUGAUACUAUUCAAAAGCUCGUUUCAUCUAUGGACAGCAGUAGGCCAUUCCUAACAUCGAGUCCGACCAAUGGUGAGGAAUCAAAAACAGAGGGAUGGGUUGCUAAAAAUCCAUACGAUGUACAUUAUGGUGAUGUUCAUUAUUAUAACUACAAUGAUGACUGUUUGGACUGGACAAAAUAUCCAAAGACAAGGUUUGCAUCAGAAUAUGGAUUCCAAUCAUGGCCUUCUAUCGAAACAUUAGAACCUGUUACAUUGGAAGAAGAUUUAUCGUGGACUUCUAAGUUUGCUAAUCAGAGAAAUCAUCAUAUGGAUGGAAACAAACAAAUGUUAAAUAUGAUGGCAAUGCAUUUCAAUUUACCAGCAUCGAAAAAUGAAAUACAAAAAUUCGAAGAUGAGAUAUAUCUAUCACAGAUAAUGCAAGGAUUGUGUUACAAAAGUCAAACUGAAUUUUAUCGCAGAAGUAGAUCAGAGAUAGUAAAUGGUGAAGGACAUACCAUGGGAGCUUUAUAUUGGCAACUGAACGAUAUCUGGCAAGCACCCACUUGGUCUUCUAUUGAAUACGGAGGAAAAUGGAAGGUUGUGCAUUACUUUGCCAAGAAAUUUUUUUCAAAUGUUGCUUUGUCUGCAUAUGAUGAUGAUACAACAUUGACAAUUUAUUCGUUAUCAGAUGAAAACGCACCAAUUGAACCAGUUACAUUAGUGAUUGAAAUGCAUCAGUGGAGUAGUUUUGGUGUCAUCAACACAUGGACACAACCAUUGUAUAUAACGCCUCAAUCAUCUAAGCUUCAAUACCAGAACAGUACUGGUACAAUGUUACAUUAUGGAGGAUGUGAUUAUAAGGAAUUAUGCUAUUUUGUUAUCUACUUGAAAGAAAUUCAUGAUGUUGCACCAACAUUUUUCUAUCCUGUACCAUUGAAAACUAUUGAAGGACUACAAUCUUCUAAAAUAGAGAUUAAAAGUGUGCAAUUGAUGAAUGAAACAUUAAGUGAAUUUCAGAUUGUUUUGGGAUCAACAACUCCUGCAUUCUUUGUAUGGUUGGAAGCUACUGGAAUAAAAGGUCGUUUUUCUGACAAUGCAUUUCAUAUGUACAAACCAAAUAUCACUGUAUCAUUCUAUGCAUGGGAAACAACAACUACAAGCCAACUAAAAUCUUCAAUCAAAAUCAAAUCAUUGUCUGAUGUAAAUACAAGUCAAGAUUACCAAAAAGAAGAUCAUCGCGACAAAAAACCUCAAAUAUUAUUUGUUGCUGAUGAUGUUUAUGAAGCAGAUAAUAUUUUUGAUGAUGAUGAUGAAAUAAGUGCUACAGAAAUUGAUAAUUUGUAUUGGAUGGAUGGAAUGGAAGCACAACUCAUGUUUGGAAUAUGUGGAGUUCUUUUCAUCAUGUUCUUUGCUAUUAUGUUGGUUUGCGUAGUUAUGAGAUUUAACAGCCCACGUCUUGAUAAACCGAAACUGCCAACUCUUCAGUACAGUUCACACAAAGGAUCGAUAGUCAGGAGUUUAGAUGAGCAAGAAGAAUUACUCAAUACAGAUGCUGAAGAUGAAUCUGGUGCUUUUAUGUUGAAGCUGAAGAAUGGUUACGGACACAAUGCCAAGAAUGUUGAAAUCAGAUUUUAUGUUACUUAAUUUGCUUUACAGUACUAUCAAAAAUGCUUAAUCAAACUGAACUUGUUUUGUGUUUGAGUCGGACGAGCGUAUCCAGAUUGUGUUUAAUUUUUUAUUUUGUCUGAUGUUAUAAGGUGUAAUUUAAGUAGUACUCACUGUUUUGUUGUAUAACAAAAAUAAUAAACGAAUUUUAGGAUCAAAUCUAUUUCUCUACCAAUUGCAUGUUUUCUUUGCUGCGCAGUCAGUGGCUCAGUAUUGAUUAAGCUUUUUCCAUAUACAUAUUUUUUUAUUAUAAUGUGCCAAAUUAAACCAAAUAAAAACAUAUGGUUAUGGUACUCUAUAAAUUGUAAAAUAUUAGUGACAAAUUUUUGGUUUUUUAGUGUGUUAAUAUGCAGCUCAUAUAAUUUAAAAACUAUUUUUUUAAUAUAUCAAGUUGAAAUUAUUACUUUUUAGUCUUUAUUUUUGACAUUCCUGAUACUCCAUGUAUACUUCCGGCGUGAUUCAAGGUGAUCCGCUGAGUGCAUUGUAAUUUUCAAUUUUAUUACUCAUUUAUUUUGGAGAAAUAAUGGCUUUUUGAAUUGUUUUAUACAUUGUAUAAUCGUUUAUAACAGUACUAGUAAGUGAACGAAUAUUUGAUCCACAAUACAUCAUGAUUCAUGAAUUGUUAAAGCUCAAACUUGUUAAUUAAUCUAUAUAUAAUUGAUAUUUUUCUCUAUUUUCGUAAAUUAUAAUCGCACCUGAAAGGUGGCUAAUGAUAUCUGCUUGUAUUUUAUUUAAUAAUCUGCAUAAUUUUUUUGCUCUCUUGUUAUAUUCUUUGAGGUGUUAUAAUUUUUAUUUCAAAAAAUUGAAUUUAUUGAAAGCAAUUUUGUAGAUCAUAAUCCUUGUCACAUAGUCUAUGCAACUAAAGUUUCUGAAACUAUUGGAUUUUUUUUUCAAUUUCGUUCCUAUUUGUCAUGUGUUAAUUUCAUAUAUUGUUGUUCAUAGUACAUCUAGAUCCCUUUUCUCUAGGCGAUAGUAUAAAAUAACCUCAUAUAAACCAAGACAAUUUUCUAGUUGUGUCAGUUGUUUUGUCAUGAUAUACCUGGACACUAUUUAUUGGUUAUUUUAAAUUCUCCCCAUUAAUAAAACUAUAGUAUGCUUUAGUUUGAUAUUCCUAUUAGAUUUUAUUCAUGGCAUGACACACAUCACAAAGGUAACAAUAGUAAUUUAUUUCUCUUCCGUUUUUUCAACAUUUGUAAAGCGUAAUUUAAUUUUUAUGCUGAUAUGUACCAAAUUCAUCAUCACAAAAUUGUUUCAAUGCAUAACUUGAGAUUUCAAGCUCGAUUUUGGGGAUGCCUUUUUACAUCCAUGUGUAUCUUGCAGCAAGCAGAUGGAUUAUAAUGAACGAAUGUUCAUUUCACCUCAUAAAAUUUGUUGAAGCCAAAAUUAGACUCGAUAUGGAGUGUUCUAUCUACUUCUUCAAAAAAAACGUAGUUUGUGUUUUCUUCAAAAAAACAACAUAUUUUUCUUAUACCAAAGAAAGAUUACUUCUAUUUCUUGUUUGAGCUUUUUUUCAAAGCAUGGGGCUUGAUUAUUAACUCAAAUAAGAAUGACACAGAAAAAAAAACAGCAAGACCUCACAUUUGAUAAUUGAAAGCAAUGCCUUUAUCAUUCUUGGUGCACUAUUUUAUUGGUUAUUGAUUCAAGUUAUUUCGUGUGCUUAUCAUUUUAUUUACUUUCACUAUAGCCCAUUGUGAUACUUUUCUAACUAAUUUUCUGUAUAAUUUAAUUUAGCCUUUGCAUUCCAAAAUUGCCUUCUGUGUUUGUUUUUACCUAUGUUGCCUUCUUUAAUUUAUUUUUCUGGAUAAUGUAGUACAGUAAAUCAUUACAUAUAUUAGCCAAGCUGCAUAUAAAUUUAAUUAUGAUUAUAUAUCUGACUGAAUAUCAGAA